AGCUGAGCUGCUGUUGACUGCAGCUCCAUGACUCCAUCUAGUGGACUGAUAGUAGAAGUACAGCAGCUGAUGAACUGACUGACCUUGUUUCCUGGUUAAAGUUUAGUUUCACUUUUACUGAACACUGUGACGCAGUUUGUUUUCUCCGUCUGAAGCAAAUCAUCUGUCACAUAAUUUCUCCUGGAGAUUUGUGUUUCCUCUGAAGACGAAGGUAGAAAGUGGAGCAGCAUGAGUCAGUGUGAGGAACCUGAACCUGAACCUGAACCUGGACCUGAACCUGGACCUGGACAACAGGACACAGGACAACAACCCUCAACUACAAAGAGGAAGCUGGAAGAACCUGAACCCAGCUGUGUGUCCAUGAAGAGUGACUAUUCAGUUGAACGCUACAUUAAUUUUAAAGGACAACAACCCUCUGCUGCAAACAGGAGGAAGCUGGAAGAACCUGAACCCAGCUGUUUGUCCAUGAAGAGUGACUAUUCAGUUGAACGCUACAUUAAUUUUAAAGGACAAUCCCCUGCUGCAGAGAGAGUGGACCAGGAGAGCUCAGAGGUUCCCAGUGGUCAGUCUGCCCAGCAGCAUCAAACACACCUGGACUCCAUAUUUAUGCUGCUGGAGGAGAACAUCGUCACUUUUGUGAAGAAGGAGCUGAAGAAGAUGCAGAAGGUUCUGAGUCCAGAUUACCCAGAAUGCUUAGAGAGUCAGAGGGAGGAUGAGGAGGUGUUGGACGGUGAGGAUGAAGAGCAGAGGAGGAGCAGCAGAGAGGAGUUUCUGAAGAUCACACUGAACUUCCUGAGGAGAAUGAAGCAGGAGGAGCUGGCUGACUGUCUGCAGAGCAAAUCUCCUGCUAUGUGCCAGCACAACCUCAAAUCUAACCUGAAGAAGAAGUUCCAGUGUUUGUUUGAGGGGAUCUCUAAAGCAGGAAACCCAACCCUUCUGAAUCAGAUCUACACAGAGCUCUACAUCACAGAGGGAGGGACUGGAGAGGUCAGUGAUGAACAUGAGGUCAGACAGAUGGAAACAACAUCCAGGAAACCAGACAGACCAGAAACAACCAUCAGACAAGAAGACAUCUUUAAAGCCUCACCUGGAAGAGAUGAACCAAUCAGAACAGUGAUGACAAAGGGAGUGGCUGGCAUUGGGAAAACAGUCUUAACACAGAAGUUCACUCUGGACUGGGCUGAAGACAAAGCCAACCAGGACAUACACUUCACAUUUCCAUUCACUUUCAGAGAGCUGAAUGUGCUGAAAGAGAAAAAGUUGAGCUUGGUGGAACUUGUUCAUCACUUCUUUACUGAAACCAAAGAAGCAGGAAUCUGCAGGUUUGAAGAGUUCCAGGUUGUGUUCAUCUUUGACGGUCUGGAUGAGUGUCGACUUCCUCUGGACUUCCACAACACUGAGAUCCUGACUGAUGUUACAGAGUCCACCUCAGUGGACGUGCUGCUGACAAACCUCAUCAGGGGGAAACUGCUUCCCUCUGCUCGCCUCUGGAUAACCACACGACCUGCAGCAGCCAAUCAGAUCCCUCCUGAGUGUGUUGACAUGGUGACAGAGGUCAGAGGGUUCACUGACCCACAAAGGGAGGAGUACUUCAGGAAGAGGUUCAGAGAUGAGGAUCAGGCCAGCAGGAUCAUCUCCCACAUCAAGACCUCACGAAGCCUCCACAUCAUGUGCCACAUCCCAGUCUUCUGCUGGAUCACUGCUACAGUUCUGGAGGAUGUGUUGAAAACCAGAGAGGGAGGAGAGCUGCCCAAGACCCUGACUCAGAUGUACAUCUACUUCCUGGUGGUUCACACCAAACUGAAGAACAUCAAGUAUGAUGGAGGAUCUGGGACAGAUCCACACUGGAGUCCAGAGACCAAGAAGAUGAUUGAGUCUCUGGGAAAACUGGCUUUUGAUCAGCUGCAGAAAGGAAACCUGAUCUUCUAUGAAUCAGACCUGACAGAGUGUGGCAUCGAUAUCAGAGCAGCCUCAGUGUACUCAGGAGUGUUCACACAGAUCUUUAAAGAGGAGAGAGGACUGUACCAGGACAAGGUGUUCUGCUUCGUCCAUCUGAGUGUUCAGGAGUUUCUGGCUGCUCUUCAUGUCCAUCUGACCUUCAUCAAGUCUGGAGUCAAUCUGCUGUCAGAAGAACAACCAACCUCCCAGAAGUCUAAAAGAAGAAAAGAUGACUCUGCAGAGACACAGUUUUACCAGAGUGCUGUGGACAAGGCCUUACAGAGUCCAAAUGGACACCUGGACCUGUUCCUCCGCUUCCUCCUGGGUCUUUCACUGCAGACCAAUCAGAUUCUCCUACGAGGUCUGCUGACUCAGACAGGAAGUGGCUCAGAGACCAAUCAGGAAACAGUCCAGUACAUCAAGAAGAAGGUUGAAGAGACUCCCUCUGCAGAGAAAAGCAUCAACCUGUUCCACUGUCUGAAUGAACUGAAUGAUCGUUCUCUAGUGGAGUUGAUCCAACAGUCCCUGAGUUCAGGACGUCUCUCCACAGAUAAACUGUCUCCUGCUCAAUGGUCAGCUCUGGUCUUCAUCUUACUGUCAUCAGAAAAAGAUCUGGACGUGUUUGACCUGAAGAAAUACUCUGCUUCAGAGGAGGCUCUUCUGAGGCUGCUGCCAGUGGUCAAAGCCUCUAACAAAGCUCUACUGAGUGGCUGUAACCUCUCAGAGAGAAGCUGUGAAGCUCUGUCCUCAGUUCUCAGCUCCCAGUCCUCUAGUCUGACAGAUCUGGACCUGAGUAACAACGACCUGAAGGAUUCAGGACUGAAGACUCUGUCUGUUGGACUGGAGAGUCCACACUGUUCACUGGAGACUCUCAGUCUGUCAGGCUGUCUGAUCACAGAGGAAGGCUGUGCUUCUCUGGUCUCAGCUCUGAGAUCCAACCCCUCCCAUCUGAGAGAGCUGGACCUGAGCUACAAUCAUCCAGGAGACUCAGGAGUGAAGCUGCUGUCUGCUGGACUGGAGGAUCCAGACUGGAGACUGGACACUCUCAGGGUGGAGCCUGGUGGAGUCCGAUGGUUGAGACCAGGUCUGAGGAAGUAUUCCUGUCAACUCACAUUUGACACAAACACAGUGAACACAAAGAUCAAACUGUCUGACGACAACAGGAAGAUGAUACGUGUGGAGGAGGAUCAGUCAUAUCCUGAUCAUCCAGACAGAUUUGAUCACUGGCUUCAACUGCUGUGUAGAACUGGUCUGACUGGUCGCUGUUACUGGGAGGUCGAGUGGAGUGGAAGGGUUGAUGUAUCAUUGAGUUACAGAGGAAUCAGAAGGAAAGGAAAGAGUGGCGAUUGCUGGUUUGGAAGAAACAAUCAGUCCUGGAGUCUGAGAUCUGCUGAUGAUGGUUACUCAGUCUGUCACAAUAACAUAAGGACAUAUAUCUCCUCCUCCUCCUCCUCCUCCUCCUCCUCCUCUUCCUCCUCCUCCUCCUCCUCUUCCUCCUCCUCCUCCUCUGUCUCUAACAGAGUAGCAGUGUAUGUGGACUGUCCUGCUGGCUCUCUGUCCUUCUACAGAGUCUCCUCUGACUCUCUGAUCCACCUCCACACCUUCAACACCACAUUCACUGAACCUCUGUAUCCUGGGUUUGGUUUCUGGCGGUCUGGUUCCUCAUUGUCUCUGUGUUCAGUGUAGCAGAGUCUCCUCCUGUCAGAGAAACUUUCUCUCUGUUGAACAGAGAGUUCAGUCUGUUCAUGUCUGUGAAUAUUUGUCUUUUCUUAAUUUUCAGAUCAGUGUAUUAAAUCAGUCCAGCCCUUUAAAUGAAGGAUGUUAGGAUUAUUGCAGGAUAAAAAUGUUGUAGACUUUUACUGUGUUUCAUCUGUUCAGAUCAGAUUCGACCUUUGACCUUUGACCAAUGGAUAGAGCUUUUUUUUUAUUACUGUCAUCUGACUCCACCCAGAGGCCCAGACUUUGAUGAUUUAUAAGCCAAUCACAGCAUCCCACAUCAUCUAAAGUGGACAGCAGUAGAGUAGAAGUAGAACCACAAACCCUUUGUCAGCAAACAUGGCUGAUCAUGAGGCGAGAGGGAAGUUUAAGGCACAUUUUAAUCUGUUAAUCAAAUUGUUAAUGUACAUAAUUUUUGUUUAAACUGUGUUUAAAGUAAACAUGAGAUGUUAUAUUACUCAGAAUGUCAUAUUAAAGAUGUAUUGCUGUCAAUCAAUUCAUCCAUUGGAAUGGUCAGAGGAUUUUAAUGUCACAAAUAUUCUAAUGCUACAUUGAUUAUAUACUCAGAACUCUGGCUUUGAACCCACUGAUUUCUGGAGAUAUCUCAGAAAUUAAGGAUGUUAAGAGUAGUUGUUUUUUUCCUCACUUUGUUAUAAUAAUUCAAAAUAUAUAUGCAUUAUGUUUUAAAACAUCACUUUAUUCAUUUAUUUGAGUUACUGUUCAGGUCUUUUAAGAAUAUUUAUUGACAAUUAUAUUACCGGUCAGUUCACUUUUUGAUGAUUUAUGAGUGCAUUUAGAGUAGAAAUACACCAUUACAGUAGUGUUUUUGUUUGGAACAUACUAAUCUUCUGCAUAGGUUAAUUCUGACUGUCAUUCUUUCGUGUUUUCACAAUUAAAGCAUCACUGUGAAUAUCAA